CCUAAAUCUUGCAAAGAACGAGAUAAAGAUCUAAAUCUGAACCUUUGUGUCAGUUCUUAAAUCCAGUAAAAGAUAGGAGGCAGCGCUGGAAUCUAAAGAAGAUCUACUGCCUCAAUACCGAUCCAAGAGAAAGACGCGUUCUAGGACAACAUGUUUUCCGAGCUAUGAAUUCUUCCACGAUCUUCAAUGAUCAUUAUUUUCUCGACAUCGUUGCAAACCGCCAUUUCUAAACGCAAAUCAGGGAACCUAAAGAGGGUGGUCGACGCAACUUCCUCCUUGUACCACAAGAAAUAAAGAUGUCUUUUCAGAAGGAACUCCUCAUUGAUGGCCGUGGCCACAUCAAGGGUCGAUUGGCUUCCAUCGUCGCCAAGGAACUUUUGAACGGUCAGAAGGUCACCGUUGUCCGCUGCGAGGCCAUCCAGAUGGCUAACAGCUUCUACCGUCAGCAGUUGAAGUACCAAGCCUUCAAGCGCUUGACGAACAACGUGAACCCGAAGCACGGUCCGUUCCACAACCGCGCUCCGUCCAAGAUCUUUUGGCGCUGCGUUCGCGGUAUGAUCCCGCACAAGACCGCUCGUGGAGCCGCGGCUCUCGACCGAUUGAAAGUCUUCGACGGUACAAUAAUAAUCAUAAAAAAGUACAAUUUCCACUUCAGGCUGUUGAGGUCCUUUAGAUGAAGAUCAUUCAGGGCUUCUAGCGUAGUAGGAAUAGGACAGCUGGUGUGGAACUGCUGGAAGAUUUAGAUUUUUGCACGUUCUAAUAUAUGUAGAAGAACGAGACCUUAGUGGGGAAUCUCACCAUCCGGUUCGAAAUUUAGUACUCUCCCGACAUUCAUCAUCUUCUUUUCUCCCCCUCUAUUCUUCCUAAACCAGACCGUGCUGUCCUAGUCCUCUAAAAAACGACUAAAUCAGACAUCUUACUUCCUACACUAACCCGUAAUCCCUCAGGUUGCCCGCAUCCGUUCGACCAGAAGAAGAAGCAGGUGUGCCCGUCUGCUUUGACCGUCUUGCGCAUCAAGCCGCACCGUAAGACUUGCGUCUUGGGAGACCUCUCCAAGCGCUUCGGAUGGAAGUGCUCCGAUUUGAUCAAGAAGCUCGAAGAACGCCGUCGUCAGCGCGCUUCCGGCUUCUUCGCCAAGAAGCUCAAGGUCAUCAAGAGCAAGGGAACUGGUAAAUUUUUUUCUUUGUCACAAGUUCCCAUGCUCUUCCAUGAAUUUGAAACGAACAUGAAUCGGUGAUGAAAGAUUUAGAAGUGAGUACGAUGUCAACCAGAAUGUGUGAUACAUACCAGCAAAACGACGCUGAUACACUUUAUUCUCGACUCCAAUAACUAGUUUCAUUACGUUUUUUCCUUGCUAGCGGUAGCUUUCAGCAUCCCAUAUCUCCAAGAAUAUGUCAAUCUUCACACCACAGCUCUCAAGGCCGCUAAGGGAAAGAUGCUCAAGGGAGAGGAGAAAUCCCUCUACGAGAAGUGCAUCGCCUAAUUGUCUAAGAAGUGGGACGAGCUCAAUUCUGAAGACAUGAGGAGAACACCUAAGAGGAGCGGAGACGACGCUGGCUGGAUUCUGUGAAUCGAAGAGAAAGGCGGUUUUGGUGAUGUGUGGCUGCGAUAUUGAGAUCGACGGAGCAAGGCAACUGUUCUUGUAAGAGUUGAUGGACUAUGGGGAAAUGGCAAGAUAUGUCUUGUCUUCAAAAAUCCACAAAACACAUCAAAGUUGUUGUUCUCACUGGCUCGUCUGAAGUUGCAAACCUAAAUGAAGCUGUGGCGACUCUGCUUGAAGGCAUUGGCCCGCGACUUGAACCCUAAGCAUAUCGAGACCUUAUAUUGUGUUCCCAUUCCAUGUAUCGGUCUACAUCCUAAAUGGAAGCCAGUUCCUAAGCCAUUCUAUGAUGAGAUAAUCUUGUUGUUACACACUCGUCGACGCAGCCCCUUCGGGUGGCAGCGAAUGACGUUAACCCAUUAGCGGAUUUCUCUGACUGUGCCAGGCGUAGGCU